CAAAGAGCACCUUGGAACGACAUGGCCCGACGAGCCUGAGACGUACCUAUUCCUAGAGUGUGGAAGGGACGCCAGCAGUAGGUCGUGAGAGAGAAAAUUGCAAAAGACCAGAAAGUAGCCGACCAGCAGCUUCUUGGCAGGCGUCGAGCAGCAUAGCCCAGAUGGACUCUACCGCCCCUGCACCAGCACCGGCAUCUGCACUUCCACUCAUUUCCCCAAUCAUGGAGGAAGGAAACGACGAGCGCCCAGAUCUCGUCCGCGCCAUGGACUCGUCAGGCACCGAUGUGACUGAUGUCUCGGAAGACUACGAAACAGAGACGGAGAACGACUUGACAGGCCCUGACGAUGCCGACGUCCAGCGAGUGCAAUUCCAGCCAGCACACUCGAUCGCUGAUGGACAAAUGACUCCUGCCUCGCAAUUUGGCUGGAGCGUAUCCAGCCAUUCGCGCACCCGUAAUGGCUCUGGCGGCGGUGGCAGCAACCCAGCGAACAUCAACACUGCCUUGUCUCCCGAUGCUGCCUACCCGGCACCCCCUCAGCUUAUGUCGACACAUCCUAUUCCACCACAACAAGCUCGUCCCGCACGCCCACCAAACGUUCGUCAGCCUUCUAACGCCUACGCUCCCGCUCGCCGUCCUCACCAGUAUUCCUACAACAACACCGCCCAACGAGCACGUACUACCUCUACCAACCGCGUCCGCCGCAACCCCAACGCCGAAUACCGUGCCCAGGAAAAGGCUUAUGUCCAGCGCCUACGCCAGGAUGCCCCACCCGAUGACUUCUUCGUUGGUGAACCGCGAACACCCAGCCUUGACUACAGCGAUGGCUCCGAGCCUGAUGAUGAGUCGCCUGCGACCGGAGAUUUGAUUGAACACGAACACGAUGAAGAGACGCUACUAUACUACGGAAAUGAAGACAUGCAGCCAUCCAUCGAGGAGCUGAAGAUUCCCGAGAAUCGCGAGCGUCUGGAAUGGCAUUCCAUGUUGGCCAACGUCCUCACCGGAGACGUUGUCAAGCAAGAGAAGAAGCGUUUGAUCGGUGGCCAGGAUCCUCAGAGCGACAGAUCGAUGAUCAUGGAGAUAUGGACCGGAGUAAGAGCAAAGGUGUGUGGCCGCUCAUUGGCUGCUCAAAGGCGCAUGAUCGAAGACGGACGCAGCAGGAUCAAGGCUGUCAUCGAGGAGAUCAUCGGCUUUGAGAUCAAGGGUGAAGCCGAGGCAGGCAAGAUUCCGCUGGAGCAAGUACGCGACGUCGUGCAGAAGAUCGAAAAGAUCGAGGGCCUAUAUCCUACACGCCAGUCUUUCAUCCAGGCAAAUCCGCGUGCUGCUUCGGACGCCUACAUCAACAGCUGUGAUGCUGUCAUGUCCUGGCACAACACUACAGACCUCAUCAACACCCAGCUCGGUAUCUUGCAAGCUUGGGUUGGCAAUCAAGAGCUGUCCUUUGACAGGCCACGACAGCGCGGCGCCCAAGACACUCACGGCCACAUUAUCGACGAGAGUACAUUCAUCGACCGCAUUCUCAAGGAAGAUGGCCUACGCUCCUUGUGGGACGAAGAGAAGGAGAACAAAGAGAACAAGUCCAAUGGCCUAUUCCAUGUUGUCAACACUGUCAUCGACAAGGCAAAGUCUACUCUCAUAUCAAACGCCGAGUCCUUCGCCGACCGCCAUUUGCCUCCAUACAUUGAGGAGUUGCUGACCCUGAUCAACUUCCCGUCGCGCCUUGUUCAAGAGAUCAUCAAGGUCCGCAUAGGCUAUGCUAAGAAGAUGAAGGAUCCAGCACAACAAGGCGUCAUGAUGGCCGAGCAGAUGAUUCUCCAAUUCCAGAGUCUUCUCAAGCUAGCCGUCAAGGUGAAGGAGGCCUAUCUUCUCGCUGCUCACCCCGAGCCUGGCUGGGACCUGCCGCCUUGCAUCGACGAGAACUUUGAUCGUAUUGUUCUUGAAGCCGUACGCUUCUACUUCCGCAUGCUGAAUUGGAAGCUCAUGGCCAACAAGAAUACUUUCAAGGAAGCUGAAAUUCUUGAACAAGAGUGGGGCUUCUGCAACGAGUUGGGAAGACAUCUUGAAGGUGGUGAUGUUGAAGUCGCCGAGCAAUUCAGUUCGUUGACUUCGAAAUCGCUAUCACGAUUGACGUUGCACUUCGAACGCGAACUGCAAAAGCGACCCGACGAAGUUGCUGGUGCUGAGAUGGACAAGAGAUAUAAGAACAUUCUCGACUCCGUUCGUGUGCGCCAGCGUAAAAUCUUCCGUUUCUCCCGUCUGUUAAGUCAGCGCUUUGAAAACGCCACCGAGUACAGCCUCAACAUGAACUCUGUGCACAUGCAAGACUUGAUAGACGCACUCAUUGGUUCUGGCCAUUUCCUCAUCGAUACCGACUCGGAAAAGAGUGGCCUGUAUUUCAUCGCCUGCCCUACCCUGGACGGUCGUCUCAAGGAAAUUGAGACUCUUCUUCGCACAUGCUACCACCCUGAAGAAUCCAUUGAAGACCUCACUAACCCUUACGUUCUAAUCCUUAAGCCAGAAUGUGCCAUCUCAUGGGAUGGUGCAGUUCUUGAAAAGUCUGGAUUCUCACCACCUCACAUCGAUCUUCGAACUGGUUUCAUGCGUCUGAUCGCUGAUGGACCCCAGGAGAGACUUGGAGACGCCAAUACGGCCUUUGCCUCAAACAUCGGAAUUGACCUCAAUGUUGUGGUACCGCAACGUGCAAACAUGACCCGAGUCAACCAGGAACUCCAAAAGAUCAGGCGUACCACCUACAAGCUCAGUAAUACCAUUAUGGACAGUGUCGAGAUUGUGCGUAAACAGACCGAAGGCCUCGAGUGUCAGGAGCUCAUUCAAACAUGUUUCGCAUUCGCGACCGAGUUUGGACAACGUUCGGUGCUCUACAUGGACCCUAACCGCCGCGCCUACCACAAUCUCAAGAUGACAAGACUUGCGCUUGACUGGGUCAGUUUCGUUGCUGAUGACUGUAUUCCUUCAGACCGCAAGACUUUCCGCUGGGCAGUCGUUGCGCUUGAGUUUGCCAUGGUCAUGACAAGAGGACAGAACAUUCUCUCCAUCAGCAUGACUGAGUACGACAAGCUGAGAGCAAAGGUCGCUGGAUGUAUGUCAUUGUUGAUCAGUCACUUCGAUAUCAUGGGGGCCCGUUCAAACGUUGCUGCUGAAGCAGAGAAACAGCGAUUGGAGAGUAUGGCCGGAAAGCUUCGUUUGGAUGUCAGUAAGCUCAGAGACGAUGAAGAGAGUUCCAAGCUUGUACAAGCGCAAUGGGUCGAGCAGCUCCAACAGAUUGAUGAGUUCCGUAAGGAGCGUGAAGCCGAGCGACAAGCGCUUGGACGCGUUCUUGAAGACAGCAACGAAGCCGAUCGCGCCUUGACUUAUCUCUCCGCAUCUGCAGGCAAUGUCGUUUUGCGUUGGCAGCAGGGUCAAUUCGUUGGCGGUGGUACUUUCGGUUCCGUCUACGCCGCCAUCAAUCUUGAUAGUGGUCAUCUCAUGGCCGUCAAGGAGAUUCGUCUGCAAGACCCUCAACUCAUCCCCACCAUUGUCUCGCAGAUUCGCGAUGAAAUGGGUGUGUUGCAAGUCCUCGAUCAUCCCAACGUUGUCAGCUACUAUGGUAUUGAGCCCCAUAGAGACAAGGUCUACAUCUUCAUGGAGUACUGUUCAGGCGGCAGUUUGGCAGGUCUCCUUGAACACGGUCGCAUUGAAGACGAGACUGUCAUUCAAGUCUACGGUCUGCAAAUGUUGGAGGGUCUUGCCUAUCUCCACGAAGCAGGCGUGGUACAUCGCGAUAUCAAGCCUGAGAACAUCCUUCUCGACCAUAAUGGUGUAAUCAAAUACGUCGAUUUCGGUGCCGCAAAGGUUAUUGCCAAGCAGGGAAAAACACUUGUGGCCGAUCCCACUGGUCGCGGUGGACGUCAAAACUCAAUGACUGGUACACCAAUGUACAUGUCGCCCGAAGUCAUCAAGGGAGGUGCACCCGUCAACUCUCGCCACGGCGCUGUCGAUAUCUGGUCUCUUGGCUGUGUCAUCCUCGAGAUGGCCACAGGCCGCCGUCCUUGGGCUUCUCUCGACAACGAAUGGGCCAUCAUGUACAACAUCGCCCAAGGAAACCCACCUCAACAACCAUCCAACGAUCAACUCUCGGAACUCGGAUUAGACUUUUUGCAAAAGUGCUUCGAGCGAGAUCCAGCGAGGAGAUCUUCAGCUGCCGAACUUUUGCAACAUGAAUGGAUCAUGCAGUUGAGAAAUCAAUUGUCUCUUGAGCCUGGCACGCCAGCGACACCGGCUUCGGAGGCGAGCUUUGGAAGUAUGAGCAGGCAUGAGAGCAGUAAUGGGUCGUACGGUCAAUAAGUUUGAUUGAAACAAAGGAUGUGGUGUUGUUUUUCUUCUCUGAGUUCUUUCUAUAUUCCUAGGCAUCAUUUGGGCGUUUUGGUUGGCGCGGCCCGUCUUCUUUUUCCCACGCUACCUUUUUUUGCAUAUACAAAACUCUUUUCACUUCUUCAUAUUCGCGGCGAGGCCGGUAUUCAUAGCCCUCUUCCACGUGCCUGCCAUAUAUGAUUCUUGUUUGUCACUGUUUUGAAGCUGGGUGAAACUUGAUGUUCAACAAGGAGAUAAACGGUAAGACUGCAUCUGGGUGAUCACAUCCCAUCAUGACUUCGUUCCUGC